AACAACUACUAUCACAACAUCUCCAACAAAAUGCCUUCCGUGAACAUCAAGCAAAUCGUCGACAGCCGGCCUCUGAGCUUCACGAUCAAGACGAAAAACGGCCAGUGGGAGUGCAUGCUCCACAGUGACAGAGCCGCAUAUGAACGCUCACGCGUCUCAAGAGCACCGGCAUCACCUACGCCGGGCAUCACUCGCAGCGACUCAGGCCUAUCCACGACGUCGACGAGAUCUUCAUCAAGCUCCGUCUCGAGCUCCUCAUCCUCGUCACAUUAAAUUCCAAAAAGAAAAAAAACACCAGGCCCCCCUAGCCAAUCAGCCUGCCAGCUAAAUUACCACACAACCUCCCCCCAAAAAACCACCACCAUGGAUUUAUUUCCUCAUCGAGGAGUGUGUUGCUCGCCUAGCCCGCCAUUCUCCUCCGCGUUAGGCAAGCAUCGCAACGCACGGCGCUGUUUUUGGUAGAACGGUUUCUUUUUUCUAUUCCUUCUUAUUCGUCUUAUUCUUCUGUUUUGGGAUGGAUGUGUGGUUUCUACACCUGAUGCGACAUUAUAUACCUCUUUAUUUACCUUACCUUAUGGGUGUGAACCGGGGAAAAGCUGGUUCGGCUGCGGAGGCGGACGGAAACCGAAAAUAAUGAAAAAACCUUGUCAGCUUGUGCGACCCUCCCUUUCCCAAGCUGCGGUAUCACCCACCACACUGUGGGAGGGAAGGGUGUGUGUGUGUGUGUGUGUGUGU